AAAAUCAAAAAAAAAAAAAAUUUAUUAUUCCAUACCGCGUUCCUUGGAACCGACACACACUUUCACUCAACUCCAAAUUCCGAUCACCGGCAAACUAUUCCGGUAAUGGCAUGACGCCCUUUUUCGCCACCACCACCACCUUCCUCCUCCUCCUUACUCUAAUCACCACCUUCCUCCACCACUUCCCCACCACCACCACACCCCACCGCCGAUCACUCACCACCACCACCACCUGUUCCCACACUCUCAAAACCCCAACAACCACCAUCAUAAAUUACAACACUUUCCAUUUUUGUCAUUUUAACCAAAACCCAUAUCUCACUUUUCCAUUUUUAUCCCUCUUUAUUUUUCUCCAUUUUUAUAUCUUAAUCAAAACUGCCCAACUCCAUUUUUCAAAAAUUGUCACUAAACUUUCUAAUCAUUUAAAUUUGUCCCCGAGUAUGGGCGCCGUUACUUUACUCGCGUUAGGUAACGGCGCCCCUGAUGUGUUCGCGUCUGUUGCCGCCGUUGGGGGCGGCAACGCGCGAACUGGGUUCGGUGCAAUUUUGUCUGCCGGGACGUUUGUCUCGGCUUUGGUUGUUGGGUUUGUCGCGAUAUACGCGGCCCCUUUUGGGGUUGAUCCCGGGUCGUUUGUUAGGGAUGUUUUGUUUUAUUUGACUUCGGUUUCGUUUUUGUUUUAUGUUUAUUUGAGUGGUGAGAUUUAUUUGUGGCAGGCUGUUGGGUUUGUCGGGUUUUAUUUGUUUUUUGUCGGGUUUGUGUUUUAUAUGGAUUUAAAGAUGGAUAGUAAUAAUGGGAAGUUGAAGAGAGGUAGGAGUGAAGUUGUGAGUGGUUAUGAUGAUGUUGAGGAUCAUAAGAUUUCGAUCGAAGUUGAAGCUGAAAAGGCUAGAAAUACGGGGUCUGGGAUUCGAGAAGCUUUUGACAAGAUAUCAAAGACAUGGGAACUUCCGGUCUCGAUAAUGCUAAAGCUCACGAUCCCACAAUCAUCACCUUCUGAAUGGAAUCGCCUUUACAGAUCUGCCAAUAUCGCAUUAUGCCCACUCGCCAUUAUGUACUCAUGCAAGUCCUUCGUUCCACUAAAUCAUCCCAUAGUUUUUCUUCUACCAAAUGUCCAUUUUCCUUUAUGGGUAAUAAUACUCUUUGGAAGCUCAUCCCUAGCAGUUGUUCAUUACAUAGUGGAAACAAAGCCCCAAAAAACCGAGCAAAUACCUGUGGUUAUUUUAGGAUUUGUUAUGAGCGUUUUUUGGAUUUCGACAAUGGCAGGAGAACUUCUAAAUUGUCUUGCGGCUCUGGGGUCACUUCUUGAGGUGUCACCAUCACUUCUAGGGUUGACUGUGCUAGCUUGGGGGAACUCGGUUGGUGACCUUGUUGCUGAUGUGGCUGUGGCAAAAGCGGGUCAACCGGCUAUGGCCAUGGCUGGAUGCUUUGCCGGACCGAUGUUCAAUAUGCUUUUUGGGCUUGGAACUGCUUUGGUUAUACAGACUACUAAUGUUUACCCAGGAGCUUAUGAGCUUCAGUUUCAUGUUAGUAUUGUGGUCGCAUUUGUUUUCUUAAUAUUCAGCCUGAUGGGAUCGUUGUUAGUUGUAACAUGGUGCAGAUUCCAUGUGCCCAGAUUCUGGGGGUUCUGUCUUGUUGGAUUAUAUGUAUUCUUCAUAGCAGUAAGCUUGGUCAUUGCAAAGCUCCAAUUCUGAUCAUUCGGCCAUAUUCUUUCAAAAUCUUGUAUAUUGAUCUUGUGAGGUCUAAUACAUGCUACGUAUCUUCCUUGUUUUCAGUUGGAAGUAGUAUGUUUCGUAUCUUGGAGCAUUAUUUCAAAUUGUUGUAAUAUGGUUUUUAUUCAUUAUAUUCAGCCAACUGACUGGAUACAACACUUCAGAACGGAGAAGGAAAGAAAUACUAUACACGGUUAUUUAUAAUAUUUUUGGGAGCAGCAUUGUAUAGAUUUGCAUUUCACUUGGGGCUUGCCAAAAAGUUGUUCAUGUUGUAGGCUGUCAGGGACUCAGGGUUAGUAUAAAAGAACGUACUUAAUUUUAUAUUUCUUUAUAAACUUUUGUAAUACUGGAUGUUGGUUUGAGCAUGGGGUUCAAGUGAGAUGGCUAAAAUUCCAGUUGUCAGGAUUGAUGCAUGUAACAAAAGAGCUUCCAGAUGUGUAAUUAAGUGAAUUUGUGUACCCUAUGAAGUGCCAUGCUCUUUUCAGUAAAGUCCCUAGCAAGUUUGGAGCAUUUGGAUUAAGUUCUAUAACAUAAGUUGCUUAUAACAAAAA